AUUAAAGUUUUCUUUUUUAAUAAUAAGAAAAAAGAAUUUGUUCAAAUUUUACAUUUAUAUAAGCCUUCCAUUAUUACACCCAAAUCCCAACCCACAUUCUCCCAAUGCAAACCUUCAACACAAAACAUACCCCCAAGAGCUUUUCAAAACAUUCCCACCAUCUUUUUCUCGACUCUCUCUUUCUCUCAUUGCCAUGAUCCAUUUUUUUCUUUUAUUUUCUCUCACAUUUUCAGGAGUUGAAUCUCUAGGCAUUAAUUAUGGGCAAGUUGGUGAUAAUUUGCCACCACCUGAUAAAGUUCUUGAGUUAUUGACAUCUCUCAAGAUCUCAAAAGUAAGAAUUUAUGAUACAAAUCCUCAAAUAUUAGCCACAUUUGCCAACUCCAAGACAGAGCUUAUAGUGACCAUAGAAAAUGAGAUGCUAAGUCAGCUCAUGGACCCUCAACAAGCACUCCAAUGGGUUGCAACCCACAUUAAACCCUACUUUCCAGCCUCUCGCAUUACUGGAAUUGCUGUUGGGAACGAGAUAUUCACUGGAAAUGACACAGUGUUAAUGUCGAACCUCGUCCCGGCAAUGAUCAACAUUCAUAAUGCUUUAGCUCGAUUAGGGUUAGGGUCAUACAUUCAUGUCUCAACUCCAACAUCCUUAGCCGUUCUUGAGAAUUCUUUUCCUCCAUCAGCUGGUAGCUUCAAAACCCAGUUCUCAACUUACAUUUCACAAUUUUUACAAUUCUUAUCAAGCACAAAGGCACCAUUUUGGAUAAAUGCAUAUCCAUAUUUUGCAUACAAAGAUAACCCUAAUAAAAUAUCUUUGGAUUAUGCACUUUUAAAUCCUAUGUCAUAUAUGGUUGAUCCUUACACUAAAUUAAAUUAUGAUAAUAUGUUGUAUGCACAAGUAGAUGCUGUGAUAUUUGCAAUGGCAAAUUUAGGGUUUGGUGGAAUUGAAGUUAGAGUUUCAGAAACAGGAUGGCCUUCAAAAGGAGAUUAUGAUGAAAUUGGAGCAACAGCUGAAAAUGCAGCAAUUUAUAAUAGAAAUUUGUUGAGAAGACAAUUGGCGAACGAAGGAACUCCAUUAAGGCCAAAUAUGAGACUUGAAGUUUACCUUUUUGCUCUUUUUAAUGAAGAUAUGAAGCCUGGACCAACCUCUGAAAGAAAUUAUGGUCUUUAUCAACCUGAUGGAACUAUGGCUUAUAAUGUUGGCCUUUCUGCUUUGUUGAGUUCUUCUUCUUCAACUUCUUCUGCUUCUAUCUCCUUGUCUUCUUCUGCCACUAAGGUACGUACCUUCACCUACACUUUGUCUUUAGUUAGUGCAUGUUUCCUUGGGAGCGAUUUUGAAAAGCUUGAAAUCAAUUUGAAACAUACAUUUCUCCACUUAAAAUCAAUUCAUUGUUUAACUUACACAUAAAAAAAAUGCAUUUUCAAAGCACUAAAAUUGAUUUUGAGGAGUAAAAACACUUUUCAGAGAUUGAUUUUGACGGCGAGAGGACCCUAAGAAUGUCCAACUAAUUCAUACUAUCCAACAGUUUCUCAUAAAAACCAGUUGAAGAGCUUUUGACCACGCCAUCGUUUGUUUGUGAUAAUGGCAAAUAAUGAACCUUUUUCGCGUAGUACCAGAAAUUUUUCGAGCAAAAUUAUCAUACAUUUUUUAGUUUCGAUCAUGAACAUUGUUUGCAUUUUUUUUACAAUAUAGAUUGAGAAAGAAGGGGAAGAAAGUAAACAACUUUUUCUUUUGUAAUAUGGUCAUAAGAAAAAUUCCAACUUUAAUGGUUUUCUUUUUCUUUUUUAACAGACAAUAUCAAUGGAAUAUAAAAGCUUAGUGUAUUGGAUGUUCGUGUAUUUGCUGAUUAGCUUGGAGAUUAUUCUGACGAGAAGACCACUUUAUUUAGAAGAUUAAUUAAAUUAAAUUGGUGUGGUUAACAAUUAAUUUGGAACCUAAAACAUUAAACCAUUUGAUUAUUAUUGAAGCAAAUUAAUUAAAACCCAUCAACCAUUUAAUUAACUUUAGUUUAUUAGUGUUGAUCAUUUGGUGUAAAAUUCAACCAAAAACAAAAAGGCCUUCAUUUGAUUCUUCAUUAGCCAUAUAUAUUAAAUUGUUCCAUCAUUGUGUAUAUAUAGCUCUCUCUCUUUUAUUAUCUCAUGUACGUAAACCCAAAUUAAAAAGGCCUUGUAAUUCCAAUAUGCCAUUCGUUUAAUAUAAUGUUAUAUUGUUAUAUUGUUCUUCUCCCUA